CUCUUCCAGCGGAACCGUGCAGACGUGCAGUGAGUGCUCUCUCGUAGUACAGCGAAUUAAUUGCAGAUCUUCGAGGUAAAAACCCGUCACGUGCGUGAUUAAUAGCCACAGGAGUGAGUUAACACAAUGAUCUACUAAUAAAUGCCAAUUCUGCGUGCAAAGUUUCGAGCUUGAAGUGUUUUUCUGGUGACUGUCACAGAACUUGCAGCAGUGCUGUAUGUGGAGCCGUUCAAUGGCCUGGCUGACAACGCUGCUGUUGGUGUUGGUGGUGACGUCAGCAGUCGCUGACUUCCAGACUCAACUCGAUGAGGAUAGCAAUCGACUUGUGAUCACCACGAGAAAGGAUGACCAGAAUGUUGAAGUUGGCUACGUUACACUUGGAAACGCUACGGGCUCUCCCAAACUGCGCUCUGACUCUGUGUUUAUCGCAGAUGGCCCCUCAUUAUUUGAGCCAAAAAUCACUCACCGUCGCCCACGUGGAGCAUCGUUUUGCCCCAAAGUAGAAAUGACAUCUGAGGGUGUUGGAAUGCACGUUUGUGUCAACCAUUCGAGGAGUCAUAUCUAUGGAGGACCCGAGCAAUACAACCAGAGCUGGUUCACGGAGCACAACGUGUACAGCAAUUACUCGUACGUCAGCAAACAGCAAGACAAUAUGGGCGUGGCCGAGCGUUACUGGCUGUUCUCCGAUGGCCGUUACUUUUAUGUUCCUCCUCAUGUGACGCUUUUUAUAGAACAAAACACAAAUAAAUCAAAGGAUCAAAUAUGUUUCACUGCGGAUAACAAGCAACCUUACCCGGUCAAUCGGAGAGAAGUUCUUCUGAAGUACACUCUCUGCCACUUUGAUAAUGCGAGAGAAGCACACGAGAAUGCCAUUAAAGAAUACUUCGACAAACCCUUAGACAUUCCAGACGAGCGCAUGACCACGCAUCCCAUAUGGUCUACGUGGGCGCGUUACAAGAAAGAUAUCAACGACGCAAAAGUGAGGCAGUUCGCCAGCGAGAUAGUGGAACACGGCUUCAGCAACAGCCAGAUUGAGAUAGACGACAAGUGGGAGACUUGUUACGGCAGCCUCACGUUCGACUCCAACAAGUUCCCUGAUGUCAGACCGCUCGUAGAAGACCUGCACUCGAUGGGGUUCCGUGUGACGCUGUGGGUGCACCCGUUCAUCAACUCUGACUGUGAACCGUAUUACUCGAGGGCGCUGAAGAGGGGCUGGUUCGUCACCAACACCGAGGGCAGCACCAUCACCAGCUGGUGGAACGGCCGAGGCGGCAUCAUCGAUUUCACCAACCCUACGACUGCAGGCGAGUGGUCGAGUCAGCUGUGGAAACUCAAGACUGAGACGGGAAUCGACUCGUUCAAAUUCGACGCCGGGGAGACCAGUUGGCUACCACAGCCUCCCGUGCUGACAACGGAGAUGAACCCGGUGCAAUACACACUGGACUACUUGAAGACCGCCGCCCAGUUCGGCCCGAUGGUAGAGGCUCGCGUCGGUCAACACAGUCAGCAGUUUCCGAUCUACAUCCGCAUGAUCGACAAGGACAGCAGGUGGGGCUUCGACAACGGCCUGGCUUCGUUGGUGACGACGCUGCUGCAGAUGAACAUAGUGGGCUACCCCUUCGUCCUGCCAGACAUGGUGGGCGGCAACGGCUACGGCAGCGAGGCGCCCACCAAGGAGCUCUUCAUACGCUGGCUGCAGGCCACCGUCUUCAUGCCGGCCAUUCAGUUCUCCUACGUGCCCUGGGACUUCGACGGCGAGACGGUGGGGCUGAGCCGGCAGCUGACAGCGCUGCACGCCCGCCACGCCCCGCGCAUCAUAGACCUGAUGAAGAAGGCUGUGAAGGACGGCAGUCCAGUCAACCCCCCAGUCUGGUGGGUCGACCCUACCGACGAAACGGCCCUCGGCAUAAACUCAGAGUUCCUGCUGGGAGAGGACCUGUUGGUGGCGCCGGUGCUGGAGGAGGGCGCCGUCAGCCGCGACAUCUACCUGCCCAAGGGCAUCUGGAGGGACGAGGUGGACCCAAAACACCCAAUCAUAGACGGCCCUAUCUGGCUCACCAACUACUCGGCUCCACUCAGCGUCCUGCCUUACUUCACCCGACUCUCCGAUUACCCUGAUCUCGACAAUGGAGGCUCCUCACAGCUUCGACUGUUCAUUUCUGCAACAGCUUGUAGUUGGAUCACCAGUACUGUAGUUUUCUACAUUUGUUUGCCUACAUUCCACCACCUAUUUACAUAAUUCUCUUGUCAGUCUCAUUCAUUAAUAUGUUAUCAGCAUCAACUUUUAUCCUUAAACUAAUACUGAGAGUGCUUUAAUCAUUUUUAAUGGUGUGAGUUCUGUUGUGUUAGAUAUUAAGUUUUGAAUUUGGGUAAUUUGACAACUGACUACCUCACUUAA